CAGCUUUCACGCCUCGAAUAUAUUCACUCGCAUCGUUAUGUUCAUGGUGAUAUAAAACCGCAGAAUGUCGUUGUGGGGCUUGGUGAUUUGAGUGACACCAUCUUUCUUAUUGAUUUUGGGAUCGCAAAGGAGUUCUGGAACACGUCAAACAAUGUCCACAUUCCAUUUCACCAAGGUCAACGUCUCGCUGGCACUCCUGCAUUUGCUUCAGUCAACAAUCACUUGGGAGUUGAACUGGGUCGUCGUGACGACCUCGAGUCACUUACAUACAUGUUAAUAUACUUCUUGCAGGGUUCCCUUCCGUGGUUAACCAGUGACAAAGACAAACUUUGCAGCUCUUCAAUACUCGAACGUAAAGUCAACACUACCAUUGAAGAUCUAUGUCAGGGAAUUCCUGUCGAGUUCGCAAUGAUUCUCAUUUACACACGCUCUCUUGCAUUCUCAGAGGAUCCCGAUUAUAACCAUCUUCGUUCAUUGCUUCACGUACUUCGUUCAUCAUCUGCACCAGCUGCGUGCUUGCUGGAUUUCAACCAGCCUGAUGCACCUAUCACACAUUCCCCUCCAUUCUCACAUUCUCCCUGGUUAAUUGAGGCAGUGCCUCCAUGUCCGCCACUUCGCAGAUCGACUCGGAUGUGA